AUGGCCUUUGCUGGAAUAUCUGUAGGAAGGACAAGGGGCUCCUUGAAGUUUGUCAAAAGAAGCGAGGACUACCAGGGAGGCGCACUGUACCAGUACUACCUUCCAUACACUCCUCCUGCCGGGCUCCCUCCCUCCAAUUUUGAGUUCGUCUCGCAGGAAGUAUUCAUCGAAGAUAUUAGAGGAAAGGAAGCCGAAUUUUCGAUAGAAAGACAAGGGUUCUGCCUAUAUCCCUUCAGCACUCAAAUGCCGUAUGCAGAAUACGAUGACACGAAGAAAAUUCGUGAUAUACUCUAUCCUGAGGUCAAGGAAGUAUUGCAGAGACUUACAGGAGCGUCAAUGGUUGAUAUCUUGUCACAUGUGGUCCGCGGAAAACAUGCAGGUGGUAGAAAGCCGUCCGAAAAAGUACACAUCGACGUGGCGGAGAGCUGGCGUGCAAAUCUGUUUGAAAGCUACUGUAGAAAGUCCGAUGCGAACAUUGCGCCAUCGCAGAAAUAUGAGUUCUAUAAGUACAUGAUCCAUUUACAUGCCGUUCUUGUCACACCCGGCUGA